UCCCGUCUCCGAGGCCGGACAACUCGUUCCACGAGGGCCGGGGCCCGAGCCGGGGCCAGGGGCCGGCGUUCGAUCCCUGGACGGGUCCGGACACGGUGGUUCUGAACCCCGCGGAGCCGUCCAAAGAGAAGGAGAAGCAGGGCUUCUUCAGAGCCAUGAAGAAGAAGAAGAAGAAGCCUCAGAUGGUUCCCAAUGAAGCGGUGGACAACGCCCUCCAGAAGUCCUCUAGGUCCUCCAGUCACCAGAGCAGCCGCCACCGGACCCGGGACAAGAGCCGAGACCGGGACAAGAGUAGGGACCGAGACAAGAGUAGAGACCGGGACAAGAGUAGAGACCGGGACAAGAGUAGAGACCGGGACAAGAGUAGAGACCGGGACCAGGACCGGGACAAAGACUGGCCUCCUGAGAAACGUUCAGAUUCACACUCUCCGGUGAGUCUCAAAGGAAAAACCCAGAGUCAGCCCCUGAAGUCUCUGCGUAAACUUCUGCACCUCACCUCCUCCUCCUCUUCCAAUCAGAAUGCUCAUUCUGACAUGCGCUACCAGCCCAACCCGUCCUCCUCUCAGGGGUUCCCAGAGGGCCGGGGCCACUCGGGGGUCAGCACCCCCCAGCUGAAGAGCCGACAGACUGCCUACCCACUGCCCGGGCAGCUGGAGGCCGGCUGGCACUCGUCAGCUCUGGGUCGCCCCGAGGGAAACCCGUACCCCGAGCAGAUGAGCAGCAAAGGGGGCCAGAACGGGCACGGCUUCGGACGGACCCCUCGGUCCCGAAUGCCAAACCUCAACGACCUGAAGGAGACGGCUCUGUGAUCGCCCUGAAGACCCCACCCCCGUUAAUGUCUUCUUACGUAACACACAUCUGCUGACUGCUCACACACACACACACACACACACACACACACACACACACACACACACACACACACACACACACACA